UAUUGAAUUACCAAAUAAUCUACGGAUCCCUGAACCCAGGAAAUGUGAAACUUUUAUCUUGUACACACAUAUUGAUGUGUGUUUGGAAUACAAAACGGACAGAGACAAGUAGAGGAUAAAAUAAAUACAAAACUUCGUAGCUUCGUCUGGCCAAAGAGGAGGUCCACAGGAGUGUGAUGACUCAGCCGCGAUUCCGUUUCGGUGGAAAAAAACAAUCAUAUCAGCCGUGUGGUCAGAACGUGUCCUGUGGAGCACUGAAGUCAAUCAUUACACACAGCGUACACAGCUCCAGUCAGUCUCUGGUCAGAAUUCUGCCGGACUGCUGACCUGCAGGGCAUGAAACAGGCUUCCACCGGCUUUAUAUUCCUUUUACAAACUUCCCAGGCAAUUCCGGAUCAGGCCCACUGAACUGUCCAUGGCACGUGUUCUCUCCCUGCUCCGGCCUCAACCUUUUAUGGUCCACGUGGGCAGGAGAAAAAAUAUAGUGUGCAAAAUGUCAAUGGACUCGCGGGCACGCAAAGUGUUUGCAGCUGCAGUCGACGCCGUUCAGCCAGACACGGUGGUCCGGCAGAGCGUAGAGCGCAAGGAGGACUCGGUUGUCAUCAGCGGUCAGAAAUUCACGCUUGAGCACAACCUGCACCUGGUGGGCUUUGGAAAGGCUGUGCUGGGUAUGGCUGCCGAGGCAGAGAGGAUUCUGGGGGAUCAUUUGGUCAAAGGAGUCGUAAGCGUGCCACAUGGGAUUCAGCAGACAUUACAGCAGCAUGGGAAGAAUCAUCUGUUGUUGAAAGAAAACAGUCGCAUCAGGGUGAUGGAAGGCGCUAAACACAACCUGCCUGACAUUGAUGCCCAGGACGCAGCCGAAGGGAUCAAGCAGUUGGCCAGUGAACUCACUGAGAACGACCUGCUACUUGUACUGAUUUCAGGUGGAGGCUCAGCGCUCAUACCUGCUCCAAUCCCACCGAUCUCGCUGCAAGAGAAACAGGACGUGACCCGCAAACUGGCAGGAGCUGGUGCCACGAUUCAAGAGCUGAACACUGUGCGACGGGCCCUUUCUGUUUUAAAGGGUGGAGGGCUGGCGCAUUGUGCUCACCGGGCCCAGGUGGUUUCGCUGAUACUGUCGGACGUAAUCGGCGACCCUCUGGACAUGAUAGCCAGUGGCCCCACCGUGUGGAGCGAGGUGUGGCCGGAGGAGGUUUGGUCGAUCCUCGAACAAUACAAGCUGUUGAGCUGCCUGCCAGCCUCCGUGAGGGAGGUUCUUGGGAGACCAAUGCCGAGGUGGAGGGAGAAUAAAGGUGAAUCCAACACGUCGGGGCGCGUUCUCAACACGGUGAUCGGCUCCAACGGCACUGCCCUGAACCAGGCGGGUCGCCGCGCUCGGGAGUUGGGUUUUCGGCCCGUCGUGCUGGCACCAGGGGUGUGUGGCGACGUGAGGGCAGUCUCCCGGCUGUACGGCCUCCUGGCCCGCUUUGCCUGUUCUUCGGAGGAACCUCCUCCGGAGGUUGUGGCCGAGCUGCUGAGGCUGGGGCCCGAAGUAGGUGUGGAGAGCUGGGACCUCUGCCGUACCAUGCAGGUCUUGGGUGAAGGGCGGACCGAAGGAUGGGGUUCUUCGUGUCUGUUGGCCGGAGGCGAGCCCACUGUGGAGCUGACGGGCAAAGGUCGAGGAGGUCGAAACCAGGAGCUGGCCCUGCGAGUGGGACUGGAGCUGAGAGACCUGGGGCUUCCACCUGAUGGUCCGGUCUUCCUGAGCGGUGGAACCGAUGGUCAGGAUGGACCCACUGAGGCAGCGGGGGCCAUCACUGAUGGGGGGUUGUAUGAGGAGGCACGAGCACAGGGGCUGGACAUCGACAGCGUCCUUACCAACAAUGAUUCUUACACUUUUUUUACACGUCUUUCUGCUGGGCGGCGCUUACUUGUACCUGGCCUGACAUGCACCAAUGUGAUGGAUGUGCACAUGCUGCUUAUUCCACCCAUUCCCUUCAAAAUAACAUAACUUCAAAGCCAUGUGAAAUGAAAUUAUCUUGGUCCAAAUAAAGUCACUGAUCACUCUGUUUCACUUGGUAUUGUAGCACCUGUUUUUUUGGUUGACUAUCUACUUUAAAAAAGCAAUACUUGUAGUGCUAUAUUAAAUUCUAACAACCAUAAA